AUGAAUGCUCCACACCUUGUAGAUUCCAAUGCUUAUGUGGAUUCCAAUCCUUAUUGUAUCUCUCUUCCUACUCGUAAAGACAAACGAUUAUUAAGACCUCAUCAGCUUGAACACUUUUUACGUGAGGUUCUGGGGACUCCCCUAUGUAUGUCUUCCUCAUCAUCUGACCAUCCCCUUCCUGUUAUUGCUGAGGGUUCUGCUUCGUGUCUUCUCGUCCAAGAAGCGUUUGACGAGGCUUGUCGCUCUAUUGCUCAUGUCGAGACUGGCAUAUCAACUGUGCAUGGUAUGAGAUUGGUUGGGGAGAAAAUGCUUUUGAAAACUGGUGGUAUGCUUGUCGAACUGUUUGGUCGAUAUCAUGCCGCGCCGGAAAAGAUUGUUAUGUUGGAGAACCAGCGAUCACUUUUACAAUCUGAUUAUCAAGCUUGCCUCCACGAGAAAGAUAUUCUUCAUGCUUAA